AUGGGUGCAGGGAUGGCAAAAUUUAUUGCAAGGAGGUUUGUGAAUCGUGUUGAAACAAUUGAUGACUAUGAUGAAUAUUGCCACUAUGUCGCUGGACUUGUUAGAUCAGGCUUAUUAAAGCUUUUCCAUGCCUCUGGGAAGGAAGAUAUGGCUCCAGAAGAUCUUUCCAAUUCAAUGGGUGUAUUUCUUCAGGACUUGAAGUAUGACGAAAACUCUGUCAAGGCAGUAGAAUGCUUGAAUGACAUGGUUACCAAUGCUUUGGCAAAUGUGGAAGAUUGUUUUAAAUACAUGUCUGUUUUACGAGAUCCUGCUUUUUUCCGAUUUUAUUGGAUGGGAAACCUCUUGAAUCUGGUUGUAUUUUACAUCGAUUCCAAUAGCUUGACUGGUCCAAUCUCGUUGAGUCUUGGAAACCUCAGAAACCUGGAAGUCUUGUACGUGUCCCUCAACCAACUUUCUGGUUCCAUUCCUCAGGAAUUAGGAAAUUUGGAGUCUCUCAUUGAUAUUAGUCUAUAUAGCAACAACCUUUCAGGUUCAAUUCCAAUGUCUCUUAGUGGUUUUAGAAAUCUCCUUUAUCUUGAUUUAUACAAUAAUUCACUUCCUGGUACCAUUCCCUAA